AUGGCCUCGUGCAAAAAUCCAGCUGCACAUAAAUAUCUACGAAGCAGCGCCUCCAUUGUGUACGAGAAGCGUCGCCAAAUGCAGAACUACACAUAUAUCAUUCACCCGUUCAGCGUGUUUAGACACUACUGGAAUUGCCUGAUGAUUUUUGCGAUGACCGUCGUGUUGAUACUAGUCCCGUAUCAAUCCGCGUUUGAAUUGGUCAGGCGAUCCUUGGCUUGGAGCAUCAUGAAAAAUUUCUUGCUGCUGCUGUGUUGCUUGGACAUGGUGGUCAACUUCAGGACAGGGUACCUGGACAAGGAAGCGCACGCUGUGAUAUUGGAGCCAAGAAAAAUAAUUCGCCGUUACGUAAAAUCCAGCACGUUCUUCCCCGAUUUACUGGGCUCCUUUCCGACCGAUCUGUUCUUUCUGACCACGUGGGUCGAGUACAAGGUAACACGCAAGAUGAUAUCCAUGCUGUGCAUCUGUCGAGUGUUCUCUCUGAGACUGUACAUAAGCAAAAUAGCGUUUGCCUAUGACACCCCGUUGGCCGUCUACGAAUUUUGCAUGAUAAUGUUCUUGCUACUGCUGUCGCUGCACUGGCAGGCCUGCUUCUUCUGGCUGGUGCCCAUAAUGACAACCUCGAUGUCAGUGGUCAAGGGUCCGAGCAACGAUUCCUGGAUACACGCCUCGAAACUCUGGGAGUCCCAUAGGAGCUACCAGUACAUGUCCUCCAUGUUGCGCGCGAUCGCCACGUUCCUGAGGUCCGGUAUUCUACGCACGAAUCCCAUGUGCGCGGGUGACCUGUCCGUGAUCAUCGUGUUCCAACUGUUCGGCAUCCUGACCCCGUGGAUCCUGGUGGCCCACGUGAUGCAGUUCUUCAAGGGUACAAACAGCUCGCAGCUUAGGUACCAGGCCACCGUGGCUCAACUGAAACAGUACAUGAGGCACAUGCAGCUGCCUCAUCCGACCCAGAUGAGGAUCACGGAGUACUAUGAAUUUCGCUUUCAGCGACGAUUCUUUCGGGAGCCAGACAUCAUUCACACGUUGUCGCCGCAGAUGCGGCACGAGAUCAGCAUGCACUCGUGCCGCAAGCUCGUCGAGAACGUUACCUUCUUCAAUAAUCUGCCGCUGACGUUGCUCGGACGGAUCGUAGGGCUGCUGAGGUCGGAAGUGUUCCUCACCAACGACGUGAUCGUUCGCGCGAACCAGCUGGGCGACUGCAUGUACUUCAUCGCCACCGGCACCGUGGCCAUUUACACGACUUCGGGUAAGGAAGUCUGCCACCUGGAGGACGGCGCCCACUUUGGCGAGGUCGCGUUGGUCAUGCCCGAUGAAAUGCGGGUGGCCAGCGUGGUCGCUGUCGAGGUCUGCGAGCUGUACCGUUUGAAUAGAGCGGACUUUGCUAGGACCAUACACCCCUAUCCCAUGUUGUGGGAGAGAAUCAAGCAGAUCGCCAUCGAGAGGCACGAGAAAACGAUGAUUCUCAAUGCACAAUAA